UUCAACCAAACACUUCCUCAAAAUCCUUAUAUAAACAAACAUUCACCUCUAGCUCAACCACACCAAAUCACCAAGUAACACAUUCAUACAUUAUUAAUUUCCAUUAUCAAUGGAGAGGGUGACAAGUUUGGCAUCAGAGAGAUCAGUGGUGAUAUUCAGCAAGAGUAGUUGUUGCAUGUGUCACACAAUCAAAACCCUUCUAAGUGAUUUUGGAGUGAAUCCAGAAGUUCAUGAACUUGAUGAGAUUAAUGGAGGGAGAGAAAUUGAACAAGCACUUUUAAGACUUGGAUGUAACCCUUCUGUGCCUGCUGUGUUCAUUGGUGGUGAGCUUGUUGGUGGAGCUAAUGAAGUUAUGAGUCUUCAUCUUAAUAGGUCUUUGAUUCCAAUGCUUAGAAGAGCAGGAGCACUUUGGGUUUGAUUAAUAAAAUAAUGAUAAGUUAUGAGAUACUAUAUAGUAAUGUAUAAUAAUAAAUCUGUUUUGGUUAAUUUACUUGUAUUUGUAUAAUGAUGAGAUUAUAUAUAGUACAUAUGAAGCCGGCCAGAUAUAUUAAA